AUGUUGAUGCUCCGCACUCUUCGUUUAAGUGCUUUAAAUGGAUAUAAAAGAAGAGGAGAAUUAAUGGCUGAAGAGGGAGAGCAGCAUUUGAUUGAUGACAAUGUGGAAUUUUGUUCACAUUGUGGAAAGAAAGUUGUCCUUCCAUCAACUUCAUAUGCAUGCACCAUAUCUUGUCCAAAUACAAUGAAAGAUGGGAAAAGAGCACCACCUUGUGGUACAAGAAUUGCAAAUUUACAAAGGUUCUGUACGAAGUGUGGCUGGAAGGUGAAUCCAAAAGCCUUCCUGUCCGGAGGUAUAAUGUGCUCUGGGUUCAAACAGAAUGGCCAAUGCUGUGAUGCUAUCUGGAUUCCAAGUGACAUAUCUUGUUAUGGAUGUGGACAGACAACAGAAAAAAGUACUGUGCUCCAAAAGAUUUCAAAUUUUGAAGGCAGCAUCGGGGGUCUUUUGAGAUCUGAUAUUGAAAAAUUAUGGAAAAACUUUGAGGAUAUUCAAAAUGGACAGAUAACCAUUCAGUCUUUCAACUCAAUACAAAAAGAACAAGAAACAUUUCAAGCAAAUAUUAAGGAAAUAGCUGAAAGAAUCACAGAUAAUAAGUUUGACGAGAAUUCCUUCAUUUUGUCGAUGAAGAUUCGAAGAAAGGAAAUGAGUCAUUUUGAGGGAGCUGUAAAUGACAUUAGAUUCUUCAUUCAGAUUUGUAAACACUUCAGUGUGGAAACAGAUAGAUACAAUACAGUGCUUGAGAAAUUCAGUCAGCUAGACAACUUUUCCAUCGCAAAUUUGUGUCAUCCUGUUGGAUCGAAAACAAUGCACAGCUUAGAAUCAUAUGUACCCACCAUUAGUGGUUUCGAAGUAGAUGAAGAACUUAGCGCACACAUCUUGGAUCUUAAAAGAUACAGCAGAGAAACACUUUUCGUGAAAUUGUGGAAGAGAAGAGGUGAAAAAUGUGUUAGGGAUAAAACGGGUAUUCCCCUGACAAUAGAAGAAGUGAUAUCAAAGGUCUGGAUACCAGUGUAUGAAGAUUUGACUAUUGCCAAAAGAAUACAAAAUGGUACCAUGUUCUUCAGUGAGUUUCAAAAACAUUACAAAAAGAAGACAGGGGACAAUUUGAUAAAUGACCUGAGAAGUUUAGCAGCUGAUGUUAGCAUAGAUUGGAUAAAUGAAAGAGUGGAGCAACUUCUGAUGUACAGAACAGUACAGCAAUGUGUGGAGGGAGCCAGCACCAUUAAGAAUGUUGUAGACACUUAUGGUCUUGAGGGAAGUUUUGAGCAUCUCAGCAUGAUACUGGAACUGGCAAAUGGAAAGGAUAUUGCAAUGUGCAAAUUGAACAAAGAUUUGAUGAAGACAAUGAUGAGCUUGAAGGGAAUGACAGGGGAACAAAAGCGUUGUCUAGAGGCAUUUAUGAAUUGUAAACCUCUGGUGGAAUGGAUCAGGGGAUCCAUGAAAUGUUGGAUGGAGUUAGUAGUGUUUAUUGACCUUGCCAGUAUAACUGCUGAAGACGAUGAAAUGGGAGUUUAUAUGGUAAAUUGUUUUCAUGCGGCAACAACUGGAUAUCGUCCACUUAUUUUCAACCUGGAUAGAAUGUACGACUUGAAGUUUUUUCUAGAAAAAUGUGAGCUUGUUUGGAAAGAGCUUAUAUCAGAUCCAAACCUACCAGAAAAACUGAUUGUAACCGAAAGGAAUUUGGAAUGGUAUAAAAGUGUUGAAUGCUCCCUGGGUUCUGUGCCAGUGACAUCUAUAAAACAAGCAGAAGCCAUCAACUCUGGAGGAAUAUACAUGCUUGGAAAAAUUUAUCCAAAUAUGCCAAACGAGAAUUUAAGUCUAGAAGAUGUACUUCAACUGUAUGUUCAGAUAGACAGCACAGGUCGUAGGUCAAAAACAAGGUUUAUGUAUAAAAAACUCCAAGAACUUCAGCACAAAAUAAUGAUGGUAGACAGCAAGGAAAAUUGCAACAGAGAUGAAGCUGAAAAUUUUGUCAAGGUAUUUGAUUCAGUUGUAAGACUUUGCAAUGUGUACAUCAAGCUUGUGUCAUCUGGUUGUGUGCUGUUCUCAAGCUGGCAGGCCAGGUUCCUCUGUGAUCCCAACAGAAAAGUGUGUGCGUUUGUAAAAUUUGGAAAUGGGGAAGUCCAGUUAAAAGGAAGGAGAACGAAGGAUGAGGAAAUAAGUACUAUAAUCCCUAGACUUGCCAAAUUCAUGGAAAACUGUCUGGAAAAAUGGCUGAAAUAUAUUGAUCAGAAAAGGGAUGAGUACCACCACCUGAAUUUCUUCACUAUUGAUCAGAUAGUGAUUUUGCAAAAAGAGUUAGUUUCAAUGGGAGGUGAAGUAGAACCAAAUGAUUUUAUUUACCCACUGCUAUCAAUUGUCAAACAUGACUGUACAAAGAUGGAUUUGAUUGAUGCACUGAUAAAGGCCAACACUGACGUGUCUAAAAAGGAAGAUGAAGUAAAAAGUAUGGUGAUGGAAAACCCUGUUGUUGCAGAAUUUGUUUCAGAAAUAAUGAAAUCCGGUUUUCCUGAGACAUUAGCAAAAAAAGCUUUGAGAGCAGGCAUUGACCCCAAUGAAAUUGAUGAAGGUAUAGUGUGGUGCAUGGAAUAUGAGGACCAUGCAGAUCUGCAGGCACAGGAAAUCAAGGAUUAUAAAGGCUGGACAGAAACGGACAAGACUAUCUCCUCUAUCAUCCAGAAUGUCUUAUCUAGACUUCAGUGGAAUAAAGACAACACAGCAGCAGACACCCUUAUUCCAGACCUAGAACAGUUGUGGGAGGAAUUCCUGUCCUCCAUUUCCUCCAAUGUGUCAGACUAUCUCAGUGUGGAACAUCUGGGGAUCAUUCUCAGGAGACUCGCAGAAACUGAAUCAUUUAUUGUGAGCCGUCCAUUCCUACCUUGUUUUCAAAGAGGGUUACCAAAUCUGUUACUUUCUCCGCAAGAUGAGAUUUUGAAUACGGUGCUGACAAUAUACAGCCAUGAUCCGGAUCAGCCUCUUCCUCAGUCGGAUGAGAUCCUGAUGUGUACUCCACACACUACUCUGGAUGAGGUGGAGAUAUUUUGGAGAAGAGCUGUACUUGACACAACAGACAAAAUCCAUUGUUUGGUCAAUGGUGACCUCCUGGAUUAUGAAGUCAGUGAUAAAGGGAAGAGAAGGCUGGAACAUCACAUGCAGAAAGCUGUAGAACUCGAGAUUCCCUACAAACUAGUGGUGGUCUGUAGCACAGAGGGGGAGUAUCACUCCAGAAUUGUGGCGGCCUUGGACAAAUAUAGACGCCCCCCUCUUCCUCUGAUGACACAUGACAACAUGACAAAAUAUAUCAAGGAUAAGCUGACCUUUGACAUCAGGAGACCAAGUGCUUCCCCUGCAGCUGAAGCUGACUUUGAUCUUUGCACAGUGAGAGUGGUGAAAUCUUGGAGAGCCGGAGUUGGGAAGAGUUUACACAAGAAAAGAUUGGCUGAAAAACUCGAAAGUUUACACAGUGGUGUAAUCAGAAGCAAGAAGGCAGUGGUGUCUAUCCCGUUACACGAGAGGGAAAUUAACAUUGACGACAUCAUGGAUGUACUCCUGGAGAACACGUUGCAUCCUGGGAAAAUAGAACCAAGAUUGUUCCACAUUGAUCUCUCUCAUGAGGUCCAGGAGGGAGUGGACUAUCUGUUGUUCCAGUUACUGAUCCUGGGCUGUCUGACCAACAGUACUGGGCAUGUGUGGAGGAAACUACCCUAUGAUCUCUACAUUGUAGAGACCAUGCCUCUACCGGGCAGGGACUACAAGAAGCAGAGAGGAUAUAUGAAAUGCAGACAUAGAAGCCUGGACAUUCUACCUGCUGUUACCUGUCGAUCUCCUCGAGAAAGUCUGAAAAAAUACCAAGGAAAUGCUCCAGAUAUUGGUCAGAAUGACUUGCUGUUUGAUGACAAGGAAUUCCGAAGCGAUGUUUUCCAGAGACCUUUCCAGUAUUUGUACAGACUGGACAUGAAUCGAGGAGUCGGGGAUGUGAACUUGAGAAGAACAGAGGGAAACCCCCAAACUUGUCUACAGACACUGCUCAAACACUGUGGUAUCAGGGAUCCCUCGUGGGCAGAGCUGCGACAUUUUGUCUGGUUCCUUAACACACAGCUUUUGGACUUUGAAACUUCAGAUUUUGUCAGUCUGGCAGCUGCUGAAGAUCUACCCGGAUUUUCACAAUUUGUCCUAAGAUUCCUCAUCCAGAUGUCUAGGAAUUUUGCAACCCGCUCCUUGAACAUGAGUGAAGAGUCCCCCAUACAGAUGUUACAGAGGAUGGACGCUGAGGAGGAGGAGGAUGAGGACGUGCUUCGUCAAUUUCAGCUCAGGAGGACGUGGGAGAACAGUUUCAACCCCUGUUUGUUCUUUAAUCCCGAUCAUCAUUCCAUGACAUUCCUCGGAUUUAACAUAGAGAGACAGUCUGGUAACCUGAUAGAUGUACAGACAAACAUAGUGUUGGAAAGGGGAAUCAUGCAGAGAAAUCUACAGGAUGCCCUCACCAGAAACGGGGUCCCUAUCAAUGAAAACUUUGACAGUCUACCAAGAGAUCAGAAGUUGUAUAAACUGUGCAGUGUGAUGGGUGUGGAACAUGUAUUUGACCCUGACCCGUCCUAUGAACUUACAACAGACAAUGUUAAGAAGAUAAUGGGCAUCUACAUGCGCUUUAAGUGUGACAUUCCUGUGAUUAUCAUGGGAGAAACUGGCUGUGGCAAGACCCGGCUUGUCAAAUUCAUGUGUCAGCUUCAGUAUCCUUUAGGGGAGGAGGUUCAUAAUAUGAUUCAUAUGAAGGUUCAUGGAGGCACACGUAGAAGUGACAUCAUCAGGAAAGUGAUGGAGGCUGAGAGAAUAGCUCAGGAGAACACAGCGAACUAUGGACAGAGACUGUAUACUGUGCUGUUCUUUGAUGAAGCCAACACCACAGAAGCUAUAGGUCUAAUCAAGGAGAUUAUGUGUGACCGCUCAAUAGAGGGGGAACCACUCAAACUCUGUCAGACCCUGAAAAUUGUGGCUGCUUGUAACCCCUACAGAAAACAUUCCGAGGACCUGAUCAAGAGACUAGAACAAGCUGGAGCGGGGUACCAAGUGGAUGCUGAUAAAACCACAGACAGAAUUGACCAAGUUCCAGUGAGGAGACUCGUAUACAGAGUUCAGCCCCUCCCCCAGAGCAUGCUCCCCUUGGUUUGGGACUUUGGACAGCUAGGCACUAAUGUGGAGAAGAUGUACAUCAAACGAAUGGUUCGCAGAUACAUUCGUGAAGGAAAACUGCCAAAUGAACCAAAUUUCAACAAGUCAGUCAGUCAUAUUCUUACAUCAGCUCAGGAAUUCAUGAGAAGACAGCAGGAUGAGUGUAGUUUUGUCAGUCUGAGAGAUGUGGAGAGAGUCCUUGAGGUGAUGAGCUGGUUUUACAGACAGAGUCAAGGGGAGACAAAUCUGUUUGAUCUGAUGGAGGACGAGGAGACAGAUUCUGGGGAAGAAGAGGAGCAAGAAAUGAAGGGCAACGGGGUUAGCCAGGUUAUUAAAUCAUUUCAGACUGUCAGUGAUUUGACAAAGUCACUUGUUCUAGCUCUUGGAGUCUGCUACCAUGCUUGUUUGAAAAACAGAGAGGAGUUCCGAAAGGAAAUGGUCAAUGAGUUUAGAUCUCCAUGUAUUUUCCCAACAGGUCAAAAAGGUGCUGACCAUAUGUUGGAUAUUAUUACCAGGUGCCAAAAUGUUUUCUUGGAGAUCGAUAACUUAGGAGCCAGCGUUGCCAAGAACCAGGCUUUGAGAGAGAAUGUGUUUAUGAUGGUGGUCUGUAUAGAGCUCAGAAUCCCUCUUUUCUUGGUGGGAAAAUCUGGGAGUUCUAAGUCUCUAGCUAAAACCAUUGUAGCUGAUGCCAUGCAGGGAAAUGCUGCCCAUACUGAAAUUUACAGGAACUGCAAACAGGUACAAAUGUUGUCUUUCCUAUGCAGUCGUUUGUCUAUGCCAGAGGGAAUUGUAGGAAUUUUCCGUCAGUGUGCCAUGUACCAGAAAGACAAAGAUCUCAAUAGAUUUGUCUCUGUUGUGGUUCUGGACAUGAUGGGACUUGCUGAAGAUUCUUCCAAAAUGCCGUUUACGGUUUUGCAUACUUUGCUAGAAGAUGGGUGUCAGGGUGAUGAAAUACCAGAGGAACAUAAAAAAGUAGCCUUUAUUGGAAUUUCUAACUGGGCCAUGGAUCCUGCCAAAAUGAAUCGAGGGAUCCUUGUACAGAGGGAGGUUCCCGACCUUGAAGAACUCGUAAACAGUGCAGAAGGCAUAUGCUCUGGAAACAAGAGAAUAAGCAAGAUUAUUAAACCACUGAUCAAACCCCUGACAGAGUCGUAUUUGCAAGUGUUUAGAUCUAUCAUCGCAAAGAGGGAAUUUUUUGGAUUAAGGGAUUUCUACAGUUUAAUAAAAAUGGUGUACAAUUUUGCUGAGAGGAACAACAAGAAACUCACCUGGCUGAUGCUACAACACUGCAUCAGGAGAAACUUUGGGGGAUUUGAACACUCAACAAAUCAAGAUCCCCUGGAUGUUUUCUCUCAACAUCUUACAACUGCUGUGGAAAAAAUUAAGAUUCCUUCACCGGGAGAUCCUGACUGUACACCUGCUGGUCUCAUUAAAGCUUGUCUCCACGGCGAUGGAGUGGACAGUGAUACACGGUACCUGUUACUAAUGACAGAAAACUAUGGAGCUUUGACAGUUUUGCGACAGAAGAUCCAGACAAUGAAGAAUGCUAUUACAAUAUUUGGUAGCAGCUUUCCUGGUGAUCAAGAGUAUAAGCAGAUGUAUGGAAAAAUUAACCGUUUAAAGAUUUGCAUGAAGACUGGAAACACAACGGUCCUUGUGAACUUGGAGAAUCUUUAUGAAAGUCUGUAUGAUGCCCUUGAUCAGAUUUACGUAUACUUUGGAAGAGAAAGAUAUGUAGAUCUUAGAUUGGGAACUCGUCCUGUCAAGAGUAGAGUCCACAAAAAUUUCAGACUGAUAGUUGUAGCAAAGAAGGAGGUUGUGUACAGUAAGUUCCCCAUUCCUCUGAUCCACAGACUGGAGAAACAUUUCCUCAACAUUUCCACCAUGUUGUCCCCAGUACAAGUCAGGCUGGCUCAGAAGUUAGAGAAAUGGGCAGAACAAUUUGUCAAAAUAACAGUACCAAUGUUCAGGAACGCAAGAGAGAAAGCAACUGAAUACAAGAUUGGACAUGUAUUCAUGGGAUUCAAUGCUGAUACGUGUGCUUCAAUAAUUCUCCAUGUCUGCCAGAGAUUCAGUGAUGAUGACUUAGAAGGCAUGGAGCAAGAGGUGAUGCAAGCUGCCAAGGAAGUCUUACUGUGGUGUGCCACUCCUGAUGGUGUGCUGAGGGCAAGAAAUAAAGUUCCUAAAUGGGAAUAUGAAUUUGUAGAGAACAUUUACUAUGAAAAACAGAAGCAUGAUAAUUUACUAUAUUAUCUUGACCAGAAGAUUAGGAUGGAAGAUAGUGAUGGGCUCCUUGCUCAGGUGACCACAAACUCCAAACUGCGCACAGCAGUUGAUAUAACGAAGCUUUCUCAGUACCUCUACAUUCCUCACACACAAAUCACACUCCUCACUCUACAGUCAUUUGAUACAGAACAGCAGUUCUGUAGACAAGUCAAACAAAGCUUUGAGAGAGACUUAGCUGCCGAGUCUCUGUUGAUUGUACAGUGUGACAGUGGAAAUGAGAAUGCCAGCCUUGUGGCCUGUGCCCAGUAUUCUGUGUUAGAUCAGCUGCAACAGCUGGAGGAGGAGAAGACAGGGAAGACACACAUUGUCUUCAUCAUCCAUCUCCCCAGGGUGGCAGGUGGAGGAUUUACAGAAUUCCAGUGUGGUUUAUGGCACUCUGUCCACAUUGAUGACCUUCGACCUGAUGAUGAUAAAAUGCCCAGUUUUCUGGAUUUGAUGAAUCUGUCAGCACAUCCAGCCCUGGCCAUGGUGAAAGAUCCAGCUGAGGACUCAUCCAGGACAACAGAGAGAGUGAAAAUUCUGCUAGAGCUUCUACAUCAGGCAAAAAAAGAAAAAGUGACAUUCAUGAAAGGAGUAGGGCGCCACCUUGCGGCUCUGGUGAAGGAGAAAGAGGAGACCACGGGGCAGUCUGCUGAGAGUUGGCUCUAUUCAGAUGCCAUCAACAGGGACUGUAUCAAAAGAGCAGGGACAUUCAGAAGAGCUCGAAACCAGUGCAUCAUUAAGAAAUUAUCCCCCAUCUUAGCUGGCAUCAUAGCACAAGUGGACACCAACAAUAACCUUGACCUUUUGAUUAAAACUGACCCAGACACCUGGGAGCACAAACUUUGGCUUGAGAUCAUUAAUGACCCCUCAGCCACACAGAUCGAGUAUUCCAUGAUUGUGUCCCCCAAAAGACACCAGGAACUUCCCGAGGUGAUGGUGAGGGGGACGGGUUGUGAUGGACAGAAAUUUACAGCACAGAUGCCAUUUUCCUGGCUGAUUUACAAACUGAUUGACCGAACCAUGAGGACUUCACAAGAUAUUGAAAAACCUGAAGCAAUUCAAGAAUUGGUGAAGAGAAUAACAAAUAUCAUAGAGAACACACCUAUUGGAAAAGCUCUUCAAAAAUGUCUUUGUGAAAUCACGGUGUCUGAAUUUGUGAAGCCAUAUCUCAGCGAUUUUGUUCAUAUGGUGUAUCAUGUGACCAGUGUGGAGGAACAUAGGCUGGUGUAUGAAAAUUUACUGAAUGGAAUGAAUAUGGACUUCAGAGAAGGACUGCAGAGUGUUGUGAUGAACUUUGUAGCAAUUCAUGCUGUACACAAUAAAUCUGUACCUCGUCUGAGGAAUUUUGCCAGCAUUACACGAGUCUGGCCUGAGUGUAGUGCCAAAAUCAUUGAGUUCCAGCAGAAAAGUGCUCAAUUCUACUUAGUCACUGAUGAAGAACUGACCCUGGAUAUACUUGGCCUCUACCUGUUGUUGCAAUCAUUUGAGCCUGGGAAGGACUCACUAAAUGACUACAGGGGCAGACAAUACUGGCAGAAACAGGUGCUCAAGUACCGACCAGUGGUGGAGAGGAUUCUGGGACAGUUUGUACAGGAAGUGGAUCCAUCAGGAGUGGAGGAGUUUGGGAGACGGUGUAGGGAGGGAAUUAAGGAGGCCGGACACCAAUGGACCAAGGUUAUAGUCAUGAAGCUUUUUCUUCAGCAUGUCUGUGCUGAGGACACCACUAUACCAGUGGAGAGAUGCAAGACGCUAUGGGUGAUGCUCAAAGAUAAUGUAGACUUCAAGAACAUUGAAGCUUUGGAGAAGGUGGAGAAAUUCCUAAAAAUGUGCAUGAAAAAGGCAGUCACCACAGCAUUUGGGAGGCUGGAUAGUUGUAAAGCCUGUGAGAGUGAGAUCACAGAGAGACCUAUACAACUCCCCUGUAAGGAUGUCAUCUGUAUCAAGUGUUACAACGAUAUGAAGAUCUUAGGGGCCGGGGAAUGUCCUGUCUGUCAUGAUGAAAUUCCUGAUCACUUUAAUCCCCAUCAAGACAACACCAAAAACCUUAAGCUCCACCAAUUAAGGGUUUUCCAAAGACACUGUAACAGUUUCUUCAUGGAUCUGGUGUCCCAGCUGUGUUUCACUGAUGAUGAGCCACCGUCCAGUCACGUGGUUCAGAAGCUGAUGUCUUACAUCACGACCACAGCUAGACGAGGACAGGGAGGAAGAAUGGCCAGUAAAGAGUUGUCAGUGUUUGAGGAAGGCAUUGAUCCUACACCAGUCCUACGAUCCUUCCUCCUACAACAUCUUAUAAGGACCAGCUCUGGAGAAGUAAGCGAGUGUCUACAGAUUUAUCUGGAUCAAGUGGAGGAGCUGAUGUCCCUCAAAGAAAAUGAAGACAAAAUGAUAGAACUCUCUCUGUUGGUCAUUAAUUGUCUAGAGGACUCCCUGCAUCAAGAGGUUACCAAAAAUGCAGACCCUGAAAAAUCUAAAAUCAAGAUGGCUACCCAGAUGCUUCAGCACAAUGUUCACCUGGUGAUGAAGGAGGGUUUGGAUGUGGAGAAGUUGUAUUGUAUGGCUGAGACCAGGUUUGGCCUGAUUGUUGUGGCAGAGAUCCUCCACAAGUUGUUAGUGGAGAGGUCAAUAAAUUUAGAAGCUGCUGGUAGGCUGUGUGAUGAAUGCGGGUCAAAGCAGCCAAAGUUGUUCCUGAUCAAACAUCUCUGUCGAUGCUUUGGGUUGGAGACCUAUCAAAAAGUCUGCAAGACAAGUGAUGCUGCCACAGUUCGAUGGUUAAGUGUUCCAGAACUCCAGAAAAACGAGAUUGUUGAGUGCAGUGACAGGUUUAUUGUGUGUGGAGACCAGUACAAAGCACUGAGAGAGAAAUUGACCCAGGCAGCACUAGGACAGAACAUGGAGUUAUUCAACACUGCUAUAGAGAGUGUCAGGGUACCUGAUUUCCAGAAAAGAACACUGACUGUCCUGGCUAUUCUUAGGGAAAUAACCAUGUCUUAUUUGUACCCAGAAAACAAGAGAAGAGUUACUACAGCUGCUAUUGAGCUAUUACACCAGUUUAUGGCACAACAUCCUCUGUUUGCAAAUCAGGUUAAUCUUCCUGAAGCACUCUGUAGAAAUGCUCUGUGGAGGAGAAACCCUCAUCUGACUGUUCAGGAGGGAAUGGAACUCGGACAUCAGAGUACGGUGUGUCUGUUGAACCACUUCUUUAUCACACUGUUACAAAUCCCUGAGGAGAGGACACUCAUAGAACCCCUCAACAAACUGGUUCAACAACCACAGGACAUGCAGAGAGCUUUUCUGCCCACCAUGCCACAGGAUGAUGUGGCAGAAAUCAAGGAGGCACUGCUGGCUGCCAGACAAGGAGGCGAUGAAAAUCCUGUUUUUUAUCGUUGCCCCAAUGGUCAUCCAUAUGUAAUUGGAAAUUGUGGUCGUCCGUAUUAUAAAGGUCGUUGUAAAGAUUGCGGAAUGGAGAUAGGAGGUGAAGGUCACAAACUUUUAGCCACCAAUCAUUUGCAUGAUGGGUUAGAUCAGACUGCCACUGGUCAUAUUUUGGGUCGAGCAGAGGGGAGACAACCCGUGGCCAGUCCUGAGAGAAGUCUGUCUCCCAUUGAGUGUGCCAUAGUCAGGCUCUUUACUCACAUGGCCAUGUACCUAGGAGCCAAUGUCAACUUACAAGCUAUACACAGCAUAAUAAAACCAGACUUGGAUCCAGCAAUAGUCCUGCCAUUCUUGUGGGCACACAUAGAUAGAGAUCUCGUCACUAUCCAGAAAGCCAUAGGAAAAAGCGUGGACGAUGUCUAUAUCCUGAUACAUAGAAUUUGUAAUGACAUCAUGGAGAAACACAGAAACACUCAUUUAAACCAAGAAAUAUGCAUCUUGGCAAAUAAAAACAGCAGGAAAAAAUGGGAAGAUGAUUUCACCAAGACUUAUCUAUCUCCAGUUCUUCAGGAAAUGGAUGGCUAUCUGAAAUCUGUGAAUAAACAGCUUGCUAAUGACCAGAGACUUGGUUCAGACCCUUUGCUGUGUUUGUUAUUUGAGAUAGACAUUCCCUCUGAACAUUCCUCACCAAGCACUCUUCACAAUGUUCCAGCUGUGUGGCGCUACCGAUCUCAGAUAACUAUGGACCACUUACUACACACCUUACAAGUGCAGAGCAGGGCUCAUCAAGUCCUCCACAUGUUUUUACAAGAGGAACACCACCUGAGAGCUAUUCGCCUGGUACCAAACAUCCUAAAGUUGCAGAGGAUGCUGAUACAGAGAUACCAGAGAAAGCUGGACAGAGCAGAGGCCACAACAAUAACAAUUGAGGACAUGAUACAGUCUUAUGAAAACGAGGGAAGAGCAGAAGAGAUUAAGAAUUUGGUAAGGGACUUCAUUGAGGCAUGGCAGUGUGUGCGAGAACAACUUUUAACAUUCACUUUUCCCACCCUGGAAGGACUAGGUAAGGUCCCUAAGGAGUACUGUCAGAAGGUGAUUACUGAGAGUCACCCCGUAUCUGUAUUGUUACCGACCUUCAGGGAUGCCGGACUCUGCUCCUAUGGCCUCCUGUACUUCUUACUGAAGAAACAAAAUAACUUCCUUCAGGAGUACUGCAAGAAGAAAAGAAUGCAGUAUAAUCAACUACCCAAGGUUCAGGUGAAUGGUGUGACCUCUGCCCACCUCAUCAGCUACCACCCUGACAGAGACAUCCUCCCCAUGGUCAUUGCCAAUUGUCACUACACCUUUGAGGUCGGCAAAGGAACCAAGAUAGAUUACAACUUUGGUGACUUGGAGCGCCAGCUCAUGGACCGAUUCCUUUUCUCCAAGUCUGUCAUUGACAUGCCUGUUUAUGAGUUUGAAAUGAUGACAUACAGAUCAGAGACAACUAAUGCAGUGGUGUUUAGACAUCUCAGGCAGAAAAUCAAACAGGAACCUUUGACCCCAGCAGUAGCCAAUCAGAUCAGUGAAGAGAUCAGAGCUUACCCUGACCUCUGUCAAACUCUUGAUAAGCUUGACAUUACCAUCAGCUUCCUGAAAUCUGUAGGGGGUGAUGCUAACAUGUCCUUGGAAAAAUUUAUGACUCAGACUCUUAAAAUGGAAAAUCCAUUCCCCAGUCAAAAGGCAAGAUCUUCCUGUGUGUGUAAGCAUGCUCAGUCACUUUGGAUCACAUUGGCAAUGGAGAAAACCAAAAGACAAGCUUCACACAAAGAGGAUGCUUUUGAGGGCGUGGCCAGUGAGUUGAGGGUGGACCUCCACCCUGAUCAGCGUGACAUCAUCACCAUGUUCUGCGAGGAACUCUCCAUAGAGAGACUAGAACUCCUACUGGAGACCCUGUUUGAGUGUAUCAUGUUGACGAUCACAGUUCCCAAAGGAACAGAUGAUGAUGAUUUAGACAUGUCCAAACUCAGCCUAAGAGACACAAUGAUUGGAUAUUUGUCAGCACCUCAAUAUGACCUUGACCUGACCUACCCAGGAUGGAUGACUGACCUGGUGGGAAGAAUCCCCAAUGAAGGAGAAAACUUCACCAAAAUCAUGAACAACCAAGCUGUUGAUGUGUGGCUGUUUUUGUAUGCCAUCUACUCUCAAAAACAAAGUGAAAGGAGAUAAAAAGUGUAUGUUGUACGACAGAGUGAAAAAUAGAGGAAAAUAAACUCCUGGUUUUGGAUGUAACAUUUAUUUUAGAUAACAUGUAUACAUAUACAUGCAGAAAAGGUGACUUUCAGACAUGUUUAUCUUGAGUAUAAGACAUCAUUUAAAUGAUACCAUGCAUGCACAAUUUAAGUACUAAUGCAUAUCAAUUCAUUUCAUGAACAUUGCCAUAUUAAAGAAAAGCUUUGUUGUGAACACAAGUUUCUUUGUGAUAAUUAAAAAACACAUUUGUGCCAAUUAAUUUUUGUACCUGCAUUAGAAUCAUUUUAUAUGCUUUGACAAGUUUUCUCUGAUGACAUUUGAACAUAUUUUAUUGUAUAGAUAUGAUACAGUUUGAACACAGUUAUGUUCUAACGAAAUGUCUAUAGAAAAACUUUGAUAUACAAACUGGUUUUUAUACAUUAUACAUGUACAUU